ACAGGCCGCACGCAGUCUACGUAACGGAUGGCGGAGGCUACGUGAAGAGUGGUGCGGCGUGACCGAGCUACUUCGUCCCACUGUGUCCUAGAGGCGUCGCGGGCAGUGAAAUCGUAGUGACUCGGCAGACGGUGGCCUGGCCAAGAGGCUGGCGGGAUAGAGGAGGCGGCCGGAGAAGCGUUGGGCCAGGUUCUAGCCCCCAGUACAGCUCAUUUUUAAAGUGCAAUGAAAGCCUUCCACGCUUUCUGUGUUGUCCUUUUGGUAUUUGGGAGUGUCUCUGAAGCCAAGUUUGAUGAUUUCGAGGAUGAAGAAGACAUAGUAGAGUAUGAUGAUAAUGACUUUGCUGAAUUUGAGGAUGUCACAGAAGAGUCUGUUACUGAAUCUCCUCAACGGGUGAUAACCACUGAAGAUGAUGAAGAUGAGACUACGGUGGAGUUGGAAGGGCAGGAUGAAAACCAAGAAGGGGAUUUUGAAGAUGCAGAUACGCAGGAGGGAGACACCGAGAGUGAGCCAUAUGAUGAUGAAGAAUUUGAAGGUUAUGAAGACAAACCAGAUACUUCUUCUAGCAAAAAUAGAGACCCAAUAACAAUUGUUGAUGUCCCUGCACAUCUCCAGAACAGUUGGGAGAGUUAUUACCUAGAAAUUUUGAUGGUGACUGGUCUGCUCGCCUACAUCAUGAAUUAUAUCAUUGGGAAGAAUAAAAACAGUCGCCUUGCUCAGGCCUGGUUUAACACUCAUAGGGAGCUUUUGGAGAGCAACUUUACCUUAGUAGGGGAUGAUGGAACUAACAAAGAAGCCACCAGCACAGGAAAGCUGAACCAGGAGAAUGAGCACAUUUACAACCUGUGGUGUUCGGGUCGAGUGUGCUGUGAGGGGAUGCUUAUCCAGCUGAGGUUCCUCAAGAGACAGGACUUACUGAAUGUCCUGGCCCGGAUGAUGAGGCCAGUGAGUGAUCAAGUGCAAAUAAAAGUAACCAUGAAUGAUGAAGACAUGGAUACCUAUGUGUUUGCUGUUGGCACUCGGAAAGCCUUGGUGCGACUACAGAAAGAGAUGCAGGAUCUGAGUGAGUUUUGUAGUGACAAACCUAAGUCUGGAGCGAAGUAUGGACUGCCAGACUCCUUGGCCAUCCUGUCAGAGAUGGGAGAAGUCACUGACGGAAUGAUGGAUACAAAGAUGGUGCAUUUUCUUACACACUAUGCUGACAAGAUUGAAUCUGUUCAUUUCUCAGACCAGUUCUCUGGUCCAAAAAUUAUGCAAGAGGAAGGUCAGCCUUUAAAGCUGCCUGAAACUAAGAGGACACUAUUGUUUACAUUUAAUGUGCCUGGCUCAGGUAACACUUACCCAAAGGAUAUGGAGGCUUUACUACCUCUAAUGAACAUGGUGAUUUAUUCUAUUGAUAAAGCCAAAAAGUUCCGACUCAACAGAGAAGGCAAACAGAAAGCAGACAAGAACAGAGCUCGCGUGGAGGAGAACUUCUUGAAGCUGACGCACGUGCAGAGACAGGAAGCCGCACAGUCUCGGCGUGAGGAGAAGAAAAGAGCAGAGAAGGAGCGGAUCAUGAAUGAGGAAGAUCCUGAGAAACAGCGCAGGUUGGAGGAAGCUGCCUUGAGGCGUGAGCAAAAGAAAUUGGAGAAGAAGCAAAUGAAAAUGAAACAAAUCAAAGUGAAAGCUAUGUAAAGUCAUCCCAGAGAUCUGAGUCCUGAUGCCACCUGUAAAUUUUGAAAUCCCAGGAAACAAAAAACACCAGUUCAUUUUUCAUCUGAAAGUUUCCCAGAGACUGAGAAAUCCUUAUGUCGUCAUCUGUUCUGUUUUGGGUAUGGAGUUUUACAAAGGUUAUAGAUACAUUGGAAGGACUCUGUUUCAGUAAUUUUCUUCCAGGUAAUCCAGUUUUGAUUAUUUUAUAGAAGGAAUGCUAUAUGAAAUCUGUAGUUUUAAAACAUUUAAAAAAUUAGAACAUGAGUCAUCAGUGCUUUUAGUGCUUUGAUGUUUGAAGAAAUACCAUGGAAAUUUAUAGGUACAUAGUUAGAUUGUUGCUUUUGUUCAAACUAGGCAGUUGAAAUGGCUAUGAAGACUGACUCUAAACUGAGAUUCCACAAAUAACUAUUGGAAUUGCACAAUAAACAUUGCUUGGUGUUUUCUUCUGUGUCUACAUUAAACUUGUAAAAAAGUAAAAUUUAGAACACUAUACAUACGUGGUAUUGAAAUUUCAGGGACUCAAAACAGUCUAGUUCAGUAUAUGUUUUGUAGGUGGGAGGUGCUGAUGCCAGUAUUGUAGGCUACCUGUAGGCUUUAGGAUACUUAUGCAUACGUGGAAAAUUCUAGGGAUAGGUAGUACAGGAGCACGGUUUUCUCCUACCUGCUACCACGAGCCAAUGACAAUGUGAAUGCUGUAUUUUAAGUGGUUGUAUGUUUUAAGUAACACAUGCAUGAAAAGUUAAUUGCUUCAUCUAGAUGAGCUCAGUGGUCUAUGUGAAGUCACAAAUGUUUUCCUUCUUGGUUGCUGCAACCUAUUGGAUGUUCACGGAGAAGCUCUGUUCUCUGUGUUAUGGCUGCGUCCCUUUGCUUCUCCUUCUGCUUUUAUCUCUUCCACAAUUGAGGCUGGGUAUAUUCUUAUAAAGAAAUAGCCAUGAAUAUGCAUAAAUGUACUUUUAAAAAUGAGCUUUCCUAAACUAUUGAGAGUUCUCUCUGCCUCUGGAGGAGGGAACUCUUGGGGGAGAGGCCCAUCUAUCUGCACGAGCUUUUAGCUUGUUCAGAUAUCUGCAUUUUAUAAAUGCUUCCUACUAAGAAAGCAUUUUUUAAGUCACUGCUUGUACCCGGUAAUUUUUGCUGGGGAUGGGAAAGGGUUGGGUUUUUGGUGGGAGAGGGGUGGGUGGGUUUUUGUUUGUUUGUUUUUGAUGCUUUAUGUGCAGGUGUGUUCUGAGGCAAUGACAAGUUGCUGUGAAAACAGCAUGUGCUGCUGCCUUUGUAACUGCAUGGAAAUUUUUCACAUGGGUUUUUCUCUUAAUUUUUCUCUUAAUUAAUAACCUGCAAAAGUUAAUGCAGAAAUGUGUAAACUGAGAUGCAAAUGUAAUAUUUUUUAACAGUUCAUGAAAUUAAGUUAUUAAAAUAAGAAAAAUAACAUAAAAUUUAAUUACCUUAAUGCUAUAUAACUCUAGAAUUAGUCUUGUUUUACAAACCUUUAAAAUGCAUUUUAGAAAUCAAAGUUGAUUUGCUUAGCUAUCUUUUGACUAAUAAAAGCUUUCUUAAAAUCCCA